CACAGACCUCACACACAACUUGCAUCACCGUGUCUGCAUCGUCUCCUUUAAUACCAGAGGCCCCCCGGUUCACGCUUAUACGACUGGCAGAACUGGCCCUUUUACCUGCGUAGUGUAGCUCCGGCCAUGCGAGUUGUGUUCCCCUAAAAAGAAUCCCGCCGCCGUCUCACAGACAGCCCCUCAUCCUUUUUCCAUCCCAUCAUCAUCCCUCCCCCCUUCCCCCGCGCCAGAAACUAGAAACAGUACCCCUCCCCCUUAUUAUUAUUUCACACACAUUCCCUCUCUCCUCUCUCUCUCUCUUUCUUCUCGUCUCCGGAACAAAAUAACCCUCGAUCGCACUUUGUUUUGCUCGAGUCUUUUUUCUGUUUUUUUCUUCUUGUUUUUCAUACUCUUGCUACCGCACUCUUGGCCUCCUCAGUUGUGGCGUGUAGGUGUAAUACCAUCCAAACCAUCCCCGGUCACUCCGUCAUCCAACACAGCACCACCGAAUCCCCCGUGCCCGCUUCUCUGCGGCACAAUAAUUUAGUCUUGUUGGUCAUCUAUAUAUCGGCCGACUCCCCCAAAGGAACAAGGAAGACGGGACGAAGCAAGAGAUUAAGCAGGUGGAAUAGUUGGAAUUGGAACUGGAAUUGGAAUUAGAGAAGAACAGGAACGACUAUCUACGUCCGGCCCGAAACAAUCCAACGAAUCCCAGCAAAGGUCCAAUCCAGCGCAAGCGCCCGUCAAAAAGUCUUGGGUGGUGGUGUCGUCUUUCCCUUUUACGACGUGCAUUGCCAAAAAAAGGAAGGUGCAGCAACUGCAGCAUUUGGUUGCAGCAAUACGCCGACGCACAGCACCUACCAGCACAGCACAGCACACAUUGCACAGCACAGCACAAGCACAGCGCAACGCAGUCGGAGAGGGAGAAAGAAGCGCCCGGUUUUCUUCUGGCCGACACAAUUAAUCCAAGAAAAAGGAGACAGAGUACCGAGUAUCCAAUUUGUGGUCUCGACUCGACUCGACUACCAGACUCGACGCCUCUUUCCCGCUGCACUUCCUCGCUUCAACCCAUUCAUCCAUCCACGCACUCUCGAUUCGGAUCGCCCUCUCUCUCUCUCUCUCCCCCCGGUUAGGCCCUGCCCCCCAAUUUUCGGGGAAAUCUGAGUGAUCGGUUUUUCCAAACCCGCUUCCAAAUCCUCGAAUUGCCUGCAACGCGCCACCGCUACACAACUCAUCAUGAGCACCGCAGUCGCAAUGGCCCCUUCACCGGCUCCUCACGACAGGCCUUCUUUUGGCAACGACAUCACCACAUCUCCCAGCGCCCAGAGGCCAACACAGUCGAUUCCUCCUCCUCCACCCAUGUCCGCAAACCCGAACGCGCCAGCGCCAGCGCCAGCACGCACUGGUAGCGGCAGCCCAAAGGGUGUAGGUGCCGCUCCCACCGCUCACAAGUCCUCUCCACCCAGCGCAUCUCGAAGCAGAGAAGGCCCCAAAAUCAUCGUCAAGAAGGAGCCUGGAUCGCCCGAUUUGCCCACAGCCCGUCACCGGCCGAGGAAGCUCGAUCUCUCCAAGAACACGACAAACAUUGUCUCACCCGCCACAGGACGGCCCCUGACUGCCAGAGACGGCCUGGGCAUCCAGGAAGUUGGUCUGGCCUGCCUGUCACCCGGCUUCGUAACCCAGGACCCAGUCAUGAAGGAGCAGCUGCAGCGCAGCAUGAGCGUCAGGGAACACCAGAGGCAGAUUAUCGAGCAGAGGUUACAGCAGCAGUCGGCCAAGGGCGACGGUCCCGCCGACAAGGACGGAGGCCAAUUUACCGCAAAGACACCUGGUUUUGCCCGCAAGCGUGGGCCUCCGCCAGGUCUGAGCAUCGUUGCGCCGUCGCACGAGCAGUUUGCGAACGAGCGCGUGAUCCAAUCCGCGCCACUGGGCCAGACCUUCACAGGGAGACACAACCCGCACCCGCUAACGCGACACAUCACCAACCAGCCCUCGAACCUGGCCAGGAACUCGCACAUUCACCACGUCCCAGCCCAGCAAACGAACAAUCGCCUCCCGCCCAUCGCCGACGUUUUUGGACAGAACCUUUCCGGACACCCAGAAUCCAGCGGCCACGCGCUCUUUGCCAACCAGAACCGCGCCCCUCUUGCGUCGCCGCACCACCCGCCACCUCAGCAGCAGCAAGCGUCCACCCCAGGCCGGCCGAGGGAGUACAAGUCGGCCGAGGAAGCCCAGGUGGAACUGGCAGGCGGCAGACCGGAACUUUUACCCAAGUUAGUACACUACGCAGGCAACCAGCAGCAACCCCCAACACCACCGUCCCCGCACCCAUACCCGCAGCAGCAGCAACAGCAGCAACAACACUCGCGAGACUCGAGAUAUGACGGGAUACCGCAGUAUGCUGACGCGAGCCGGAACAUCAGCAGCAACAAUGUCGUCCCGAGCCACGCGCCGCCCGUCAAGAGAAGCCGGGCCGAGUACGAGGACGGCAGCCCGCCGCUGGGGGGGAACGGGAGCAGACCUGCGCCGCACGCGCCGGGGUCGAGUAGGAGGACGGGGCCGUUUGAGGAGGGGAGGGACUCGCCUGACACGCAGAGGGCGAAGAGGGAAGAGUUUUUGAAGCUGUGUGAGAGAGCUUGGGAUUUGUUUCACUCAUGA